AUGAAAAAUUGUGAUAAUAUUAAUAUUAAACAAGUAUAUAAUCAUAAUACUGAUAAAAAUAUUAUCAGGGAUCAAUUUCCAAUUGAAUCAAUCAUUUCUAUCAUUAAAAAAAUUGAUCUCAGUACUACUACUACUACUACUACUACUACUACUACCAAUACUAAUACUAAUACUAAUACUACUACUACUACCAAUACUAAUACUAAUACUAAUACUAAUACUAAUACUACCACUACUAAUACUACUACUACUACUACUACUGCCAAUACCAAUACUAAUACUAAUACUAAUACUACUACUACUACCAAUACUAAUACUAAUACUAAUACUACUACUACUAUUACUACUACUACUACUACUAAUAAUAAUAAUAAUAAUAGUAAUAAUAAUAAUAAUAAUAAUAAUAAUAAUAAUGGGAAAACAAUCCAAAGUACUGCAUAUAUUUAUUCAAGAAAUUAUUAACGACACAUUGUCAUCAUUACUGAUGUUCAAGUUGGGUUUAUUUUAAUGGGGCGAAAAGAAGGUAUUUUGGUCAACUUUAUCAGUCAGUAUUCAUCAUAGAUCUUUUUUUUUCUUCUUCAAUAUUCUUAUUAAAACAGCUAUUAUGUAAUGAUAUUUACUGCAUAUUAAUGAAAUACAGAGAUUAAUAUUUUUCA